UUCAUCGUUAUUUCCACUCCUUUCUACUUAAAAACAAUUUCUCACCUCAUCCAGGAGCACCCAAAGGCUAGAGGGAGAGAGAGAGAGGCCUCACAACACAAUCAGAUUGCAAGAGAUGGCCUCAAUCACCAUGUCAGCCUCACUCCUCGGCGGCAUAAACGCCUGCGAACGGAGGAGAUCUGCCGCUACCCAUAAGAGACUAGUAGUUGCUAAGGCUGUUGAAGCUGAACAAGUGAAAUUGAGUAACAACAAUGAUGGUAAGAAUGAGAGUAGCAGUGGAAGGAGGGACUUGAUGUUUGCAGCUGCAGCUGCUGCUCUCUGCUCUGUUGCAGGCAUUGCGGUCGCCGUCGAAGGUCCAAAGCGUGGGUCAGCAGAAGCUAGGAAGAUCUAUGCUCCCAUCUGCGUUACCAUGCCAACAGCUCGUAUCUGUCACAAAUGAGGAACAUCUUAAUCUUUAAUCUGAGUUUGUUUACUUGUGUUUAAUUGUGUAAUUGGUAUUUGGAGAACUUUGUUAAAUUAAAUUUGUCUUUCCUUAA